CGUCACCCUUCCGUAAACACGUCGUCUCGCCAUGUCUGACAUCAAAGUUGACGGGUUCAAGACCUCAGAUAUCCUCGCGGGCCUCGCGCAGGUCUUCGAGGCCUACUCAGAAGAAGAGAAAAAGGCGCUCAUUCGCAAGACGAACGGCAUCUUCGAGCUGCGAGUCAAGAACGCCGCGGGCGCCGAGGGCGUCUGGACGAUCGACAUGAAGAAGGCGGGCACGGUGUAUCAGGGCGAGGCGAAGCCCAAGCCCGACGUGACCCUCCUCCUGUCCGACGAUACCUUCGCCGCGCUCGCCGAGGGCAAGCUCGACGGCCAGAAGGCGUUCCUCACGGGCAAGCUCAAGACCAAGGGGAACAUGAUGCUUGCGACGAAGCUCGACGGCGUGCUCAAGGCUGCGAAGACGAAGGCCAAGCUAUAGAUCCAGUUGUACACACCCGCACCUAUUUUUCACCGCACUCCCUAUCUGUACGGUCUACACCAGCAUUUCUAUUUGUAUUAUGCCGUAAAAGUAUACCUUUGUCCUGAUCAUCCGUAGUCCCUACGAUCCGCCAAGCUUAGAGGUGGGGUAACAUUAACGACAACACCGAAUAUAAGAACAUGUACAACGUGUAAGAAAAUCCACCCAAGUGUGAGAAAGUCAAAAAAGUCGAAAACAAAAACAAUCAGAACAUGCCACCAAACAGUCCUCGUGGACGACGAGGGGUGGGCUGCGCGUCAGUGCGAAGUGUUGAUAAGCUGUUCAGCUGUUUCAUGACCUCCUCGAGCUUGUCCUUUCGCUCCUGCAAGUCCAGAUGUUUCCGCACCACAGGGUUUUCUCGCGCAAAAUCUACGAUCUCUUUCCGGUCGAGAUUGUAGAGCAGUCUCGAGUCGACCUCCCGAGGGAACUGAUAGAAGAACUGGUCGAGUAGUUCGAUGUUAAUGAACAUUGAUGACGUGUACGCCAGCUUGUCGGCGACAACGUUCAAGAAGGCUUCUGGGCAGAGGAGGUCAGUCUCUGGGCCUGCACGACACCGUUUGGAUUUGAGGGCGGCGAGGCGGAGUUUGAGGAUGCUCAGGCGAUCAGUGUACAGGGUCGCGUGCCGAGCAUCGAGGAUCUGGCCUGGAGGGUAUUUGUAGGAUUCUUCCUCGACGGGCGAAAUGUCCUCUUCGUCGCCUGCCGCAGCCAUUAUGAGGCGCUUCUUUUUCCUCUCCUUGUCCUUCUCUUGCAGGUCCCGCACAUACGUCAUCAGGUUGUUCAGGCGCCUGCUCCCGCCGACCUUCUUUCGUAGCUCCUUGAGCUUCCCCUCGCACAUCCCCACCUCCCGUUCGAACAGGUCUACCGCAUCCUUCCGUCCGUUCUCCCACUCACGCUGGUCCACCUCCACCUCGUAUUUGUACGGUUUGAUGCAGUUCUCUACUUGGUCCGCCGUGAGCGGUAUCCGAUCUCGCAGAAUCAUGUGCGCGAACUGCACUAGUCGCUCUGCCGCUUGCGGAUGGUACGUGAACGGCUCGCCCGCUGCAAUGCUGUCGAUUAGCGCCCGCAGACCGUCAGCCACCAGUAGCGUCGCGUCGCGCCCGACACCCGACUUGGUCAGCAGUGACGAGGCCGCUUCGAGCUUGUAUCUCCAGUAUGGCUCCACGUUCU